UGAUAACACCUUCCGACUGGUUGCCUGUAUGAUUUUCACUUAGCAGCAUUAUCCAUCUACACUAACAUAUGAGCGUCACCCAACAAUGAAUAUUUUAGACCUGAAUUACGAUGUCCUGCUCCACAUCGUGGAGUACCUGACACUGGAUGAGCAAUUAGUGCUGUGGCAGGCCAGCCAGCCAACAUCCACGUUGAAUGUGGCUCUGUACCGCACCUGGCAGCUGCCAAAAAAACGGGAGUUGUGCGGCCCUUGCUUCGAGGGAAAACAAAAUGCUGUGCUGGACGCCUUUCUGGGCGCAGUGAGUGGCACACUCAGGCAGCUGACACUCCGAUGCGUGCCAAAGGAUCAGCUUGCCAUUUGGCAGAAGCACAGAUUUCCCAAAAUGCGAAUUCUCAUCUAUGACGAAGACGACAGUGGUCCCGUCGAUGAAUCGCAAAUAAAGCUCCUAACCGAAUUCUUUCCGUUGCUGGAAGCGGUCACAGUGAAUUGCCGUCGCAUGAGCCGGCACCUGAGCAACUGGAAGAACCUCAGCUAUCUGGACCUUCGGCAAUGCUGGAACAUAAGCCCCGAAGCCAUGGAGCACGUCCUUGGGAAUCUUCGACUGCGUGUGCUAAAAAUUGCCGUGUACCAAUUGCCUUUUCCGAGCAUAGAAAACAGUCUGCAGGAACUGGAAGAACUGGAAUUUGGUAUUGUCAGCGAAAUAAUUCCCGGUCUCAGCAGUCUACCAAAGCUGCGAAAAUUUACUUACAAUGCCUUCUUCACGGAUCCUUGGAUAAUUAUUGACAAUAUUGGUGACCGUCGAAUUUUGUCUGAAACUACGAAUGUCCUGACAUUCUACUUUAUGUCCCAGCGCGCGUGGGUAUAUUUUCAGAAAGUUCUCAAUCUAACUAUCGUUGGUGUGGGGCACAAAGAGCACGCCUCAUUGCACAUUUACAGAAAUUUCAAGCGCUUUCGUUGCCUGCAACAAUUGCAUUUGCAUAGUUUGAACCUCUGGACGAAUGCCGAUCAACUGUGGGAAAUGGUGGAUGACUGCCCAAAGCUCAAGACUUUAAUUGUCACUAAACCGAUGCUAAGUUUUACAUUUUUCAAUUUGAAUCAAACAAAAAUGCGACAGGUUCUACGUCGCCGUGCGGAUCCCCUGCUGCUGGUUUUCGAUCAAGUCAGUUGUAAGCAGUUGAUUAAGCAGUUCUUUCGACAUCCCAAUUUAAGUGUUAUAUUUCAAGCUGUAGACUGUACACAUCUGCGUGAUCAUAUGUUCGUGAUGGAGUUGUUACCUUUGAAUACCACGACUAAAUAAAGUCCACAAUUACACUGUAUGACAAAAUAAAUGAAUGUACUUCAUGAACUUAGCUGGUAGAACCUGACGAGUAGAUCAUUUACUCAUACCUAGAAUUUGCAUUAG